UGUCACAACAUUCGUAGAGUCGUAACCAUCUCCUGUCGUAAGCUGAGUUUUUUCGUGUUUAAUUCUCCAGUAAUCCUCAGCAAAUCACCACAAAAAUGGAUUAUUUUGUGACAAAUAACUCCUUGGCACCAGCUCCAAUGGGAAUUCAAAGUACAGCGGGUGCUGUGCCCGUCAAAAACGACAAAGGUCAAGUGUCGAUGAAAAAAGUAAAAGUCCACAGAUAUGUGUCAGGAAAACGUCCAGAUUACGCACCAGUGGCAAGUUCAGACGAGGAAUCCGAGGAAGAUGACUUCCUGGACAGACGAGUUGGAAGAACUCAUGUGGAUGAGACUCACGCAGGUGACGAGUCAGGAGGCGAGGGAGAGGGUCCAAGUGCACUUGACGAGGAUGAUCCACGAUUGCGGAGGCUGACACGUUUAGAACGACAGAAAGGAAAGCACGAUGGAGGUGAUGGUGGAGCAAACGAUGAAGAAGAUGAACGAGACAUUGAAAUUCGUACAGAGAGACAUCGUCGUGUGCACGAGCCCGAGAUAUUGGAAACAACAGAGUCGGAGAGACCUCGGGAGAGGAUAAAACUCGAGAGUUCAGACGAUUCUGAAGACGAGGAGCUGUCAGACACUGAGAUUGAGAGGAGACGUGAGGCUCUGAAGGCUAGGGUGCUGUCGAAGAAGGAAACCGUUGAGGACUUGAUGAAUGGGGAUGAGGAGGAGAAGUCUGGGAGCAGUAGUGAUGAAAGCUCUGAGUAUGAGGAGUACACAGACUCUGAGGAAGAGACUGGACCCAGGCUGAAGCCAGUAUUCGUGAGGAAGAAGGACAGAAUCACAGUCAUGGAGAAGGAGAAGGAAGCUAUAAAGCAGAAACAGGCUGAGGCAGAGAGCAAACGAAUGGCUGAGGAGAGGAAGCGACAGACACUUAGGAUGGUGGAGGAGGCGAUUCGUAAGGAUACCACGAAUACAAAGUCUGUAGACACUAUUGAAGGACAGUUGAACGAUGUCUGCACUGAUGACGAGAACGAUGAAGUGGAAUAUGAGGCUUGGAAAUUGAGGGAGUUGAAGAGGAUUAAACGCGAUCGUGAGGAGCGUGAAGCAAUCGAGAAGGAACGUAUGGAGACUGAGAGACUCCGUAAUUUGACUGAGGAAGAGAGACGCCAAGAAGCACGAGUUAAUCCCAAGAUCGUCACCAACAAAGCUGCAAAAGGAAAAUACAAAUUCCUCCAGAAGUUUUAUCACAGAGGUGCAUUCUACCUGGACAAAGAUGAGACUGUAUUCAAGCGUGACUUCUCUGGAGCAACACUGGAAGAUCAUUUUGAUAAAACAGUUCUACCAAAGGUGAUGCAGGUGAAGAACUUCGGUAGAAGCGGAAGAACGAAGUAUACUCACCUCGUGGAUCAGGAUACCACUCAAUUCGACUCUCCCUGGAUAUCCGAAACAGCCCAGAAUCUUAAAUUCCACAAUAAUCAAGCAGCUGGAAUGAAGCAGGUGUUCGACAGGCCAUCAUUGAAAAAACGAAAACCCAUGAAUUGAAAAAUUCAAUAAUUUUAUUGUAAUAAAUUUCCAUUCAUUUAAAUCAAUAUAUUUUAUGGUAACAUGGAUAAACGAACUUAUUCUGUAAUAAACUGAGAAAACCAAUAUUUUCGUCAAGUGAAUUUAGUCACUACGAAGGAAUUAAUUACCGCACAAUUAACGAGUUUGUGGAGACGAAAUUCAUUUGGCAAAGAAUUCUCUUUCUCAAUGCAUUUUGAA